AUGGAAGACGCAGAGAGUGUGAAGAAAGAAGAGUUUCAUGAGGACAUCAGGACAGUAGAGUAUUCUUUCCCUAGUGCGAGCUCACCUGUUUCCGGUUGCAGCUGCCAAUCGACUGUUACGAAGCCUACCCUUAUACAUGGGUAUCUAUUCGUAGCUCCUGCCCAGCACUUCGCUUUUUUCAUUAUUUAAUAAUUUUCGCCCAAGAAAUUGUUGCAGUCAUCAUUUAUCCUCUAACCAUCGUCUUAUGUUUGCAUGUACCUUUUCUUAUUUGAACAAUAACUCUCCUUGAUCUUUUGUGUUCACACACGCGAGCAUUCUAUGCACUGCAGGAGAUGAGCUAUGGCAUUGGGAAUGCGGAGUCGUGUUAGGGACUUUGUAACCCUCUGUUUCUUGUUGAGUGGCAAAAGCGAUUAUUCGCAGAUCUGAGAGAUUGCUUAGCUUUACAUAAAUCAUUAUUUUUACUCAAGCUCUUAGCUUCAUGCUUUCCUCUCUUUUUGUGAACGUGCUCUUUCUUGUUAUUAUGUAAUGGCCAUUACAACUGUCGUCAUAACGUUGUUUCUAGGAGAAAGAGUGGUCCUACGAGGAGAUCAUCAAAGGGAGGCUGGACAGAGGAAGAAGUAAGUUGCUUAAGUCUCUGUAUGAAGGAUUUUGAUACGCUUGGUAGGUUCUUGAUAAAUUUAAACCUGAGACACGGAUCUUAAUACCUAUCAGAAUGCUGUUUCUAAUAAGAAACGGCAUGUUGCGUUCUAAUCGGAAAGUUUCAUCCAUUUUUAUCAAUGUUUUAUUUGCACUUAUUUUCACGCUGAAAUGUUUGUUUUUGAGAAACAGGAUGAAAUUUUGUCUCGAAUGGUAAAGCAAUUUGGAGGAAAGAACUGGAAGAAAAUAGGUAUUAUUCAUGUUAUACUUAUUAUUUCCUUUGACUGGUUUGAUGUUGAAUAUAAUCCUGAGUUCAUUAAACGCUUUUGAAUUUUUUCCCUUCAACUAAAAAACUCUAUUUUUUUAGUUGUAGAAUUUGAUUUUAUUUAAAUCUAUAGCAUAGGAUUUUCUCGUUCUGACAUGAACCCACGAUUAUCUAACAGGAUUGAAGUGAUUGUGUAAUGUCUAUGUUUUUUUAUUCUUUUUCUUUGGCAGUACGGAAUAGUUUUUUUAGGACGGAAACACCUAUCUUAUUUACGGGAUCGUCCAUUACUCCCUCUGACUGUUUGGUAGUCUUGCCUAAGUUCUAUGUUAUUUGAAUCCAGCUGAUGAGAAAAAAUAUUUGCACUCUUGAAUACAGUUUACGAUGUGCUUUCUGUGUUCUGUAGCUGUGUUCUUCCCAGGCCGAACAGAUGUUCAGUGUCUUCAUCGGUGGCAGAAAGUCCUUAACCCAGAACUUAUCAAAGGAGCCUGGACCAAAGAGGUGAAAUUCAGACAUCCGCUACUUGUUUUUUAAAUGUCUGAAGAAAUAGUCCAACGUAGUUUUUAACUGGUUUACCUUCUUUGACACUCAGGAAGAUAAGCGCAUCAUUGAGCUAAUCAAUAAUUAUGGCACUAAAAGGUGGUCGAUCAUCGCCAGAGAGAUGCGUGGUCGCAUAGGAAAGCAGUGUCGUGAGAGGUAGCUAGCUCAUUGGAAUGCCUUUUGCAUAUUGAGAUAGUUUUUUUCACUCUUUCUAAGAACACAUCCCUUUUGUGUUUUCUUUACCACACAGCAGUAUUGGAACAGCUACCUGUCAAGUCGAAUUGUGUGAAUUUUCAAUAUGUCGUCUAAAAAUUACAUCUGUUUCUGAAAGUCUCAUAGUUUUACUACAUGAUGUUUUUCUUGAAGAUACUUCUGUCUAUUUUUUCUGGUAUAUGAAUUUUUACGUGUGUCUAAAGUUUCAUAUCUAUUUGAAACUCUCACAAAACGUUUGAAGGCAAAACGGGACCCAACAACAAAUGACAGGUUAGGGAAAUAAUGAUGAUGGUCAUCUGUAAGUGGCGGCAUAGUGGUGGUUGGUGGGUAUUUAGUAAGAUGUGACGAAGCAUAUGCUAGUAAGAAAAAAAUGUAAGGUUGUCCUGAAAUUUACAUUUUUACUUCUAAUUAUAAUGGGUAUAUUAAAAAUGUAAGGUUAUUCUGUAAAGGAGCACAACUAUUGCAGCUGGCUUAAUUUUAUUUUUUUUAGUCUUUAAGUCGGAUUUUGGUCCAACUAAAAGCAGAUUAUUUUUACCAAACAUUAUCUGCUUCAUCUGGUCUCUGUUAACUUGCUUUAAAUGCAUGUGGCAAUACUUUGGGAUGACAUUUAUAAUAGCUUCCUGGUUACAGAAGUAUGAUUUCAUAAGGGUUUAUUCGCAAAUUAUUCGGAUAUAUUCCAUGGAAAACCUUGUAAGUAUGAACUCAGUUAUCGAAACUGUAUUUACUUAUUGGUUGAUACCUAUGCCAUGAUAGUGAUUCAUACUUCUUUCUCAUAUUGCUGAGUGAUUAUUUUUAAUUUCAAGGGUUCUUUUUUCUCGUGUUCUGCAUGUUUCCUCAAUAAUGAUAACAAUUCGUAUUCUCUUUUGAAUAGUGAGGAAAGUUGGACUUGAUCUCUGCAUAAGAUUUAGCGAUGCAAAUAACUAGAAAACAGUGUAACUUUGCUGUUGAGACUGUCAGUGGCCCAAAGGCAGUGUGAUCCAUCAGACUGUAGGUCAUGUAUAUGCCCAUUUAAGACUGUUGAACUAGGAGCAUAUUUUCAUCAUAUUUUAUCUUGAAGAUGAUUUCUAGAUAAUAAAUUUCAAACUCGAAUAGUUCCAGCUCUGGUCAAACUUUCCGGCCUUCAUCAUGAUGAAAUGCAAUCCGCUACUACCAAUAUUGAGAUGAAAUGCGACCCGCUACUAGCAAUAUUGGCUUUAGGAUGUUGCGGAAGCAUAUCUGUUUCUUAUCGGCAUCCCCUUUCAAUCUUUCACGUACGAUUUUCCCCGCAUGUCAUCAUAGUACCGCUCUUAAGGUAAACUUUUAAUUGGAUUAGAAUAACUGGAAAAUCAAUACCUGACUAAGACUGUUUCAUUUGAGGAUUAUGUAUUUACCAAUGCUUUGUCUCAGGUGGCACAACCAUUUAAACCCUGAAAUAAAGAAAGGUCCAUGGACGGCAGAGGAAGAGAUUAUGUUGAUUCGUGCCCAUCAGAUAUAUGGAAACAAGUGGGCUGAAAUAUCUAAGCUUCUUCCAGGAAGGUAUGUAUGCUACUUUUUAUCAGAAAUCCCCACUCAAGAUAAGUAGCACCCCUGUAAUGGAUGUGAUGUGGGUGAAUUCAAUAUUCUAUCCAGUAUUUACUGCGUUUGGUAGCAUUUAAGCAGGGCGAGGGGUGAAUUCCUUUUUCAAGAAAUCCUAGCGGAGUCAACUUGUAGACAGAGUUAUUUACCCGUAAUUUCUUAGCGUCUACAUUGUCCAGGAUUUUCGCUUUAAAUACUUCUCGUACAUGCAACUCGUCAGCUUGUUCCUUUAAAACUAUAAAUCCGGAACCUGUUGGUGUGUACCCAGAUAACCCUUGGUAGAGUAUUAGAUAAAAAUAAAUACUAGUAAAAAUUUCAUGUUGUAGAAAAGAUGCAAUGAAGUGUAUAUAAAGUGAAAACCUGUUUCCGGUGGUUGAGUGACAUUUUUUUUAUUUAUAAAUUUUCAGGUCUGAUAAUUCAAUAAAGAACCAUUGGAAUUGCUCCGUAAAGAAAAAGCUGGAUUCAUAUUUAUCUUCUGGUCUUCUCGUCCAAGAACCCGAAACUUAUAAUGCUCUCAAUCUGAAUGGUAGUUCACUGGCAGCAGCUGAAAAAGGGGGUUGCUUUCCCAUAUCGAAUCCCACCAUGGUGCAUCAAAACCCGAGUCCAGAGGCAGUUGUUGAAAGUCCCUCGGUCUUUGGUAGAUCAAUAAUGUCAGAAGAACAUCAUACCUGCAACGAAACAGUAGAGACACCUGGUUGUAAGGAAAUUUCCAGACAUUUGGACAUUGACGAACACGAUUCCGGAAAACCACUUGCGCACCGGGACGACACACCGAGUAGCAGCGCGAUGCUCCGUCAGAAAUCAAGCUCUACAGAAGAUUUUAUGACUCCUGUUGAUAUCAGUUCAAGGUUGCCGAAAGAAGAUUAUAGCUUCUGUGAAACAGUAGACAGGCCCACCCCAAUGGAGAGCUCGAGAUCUUGGGAAGUCGAAAUGCCGGGCCCUGCAGCACCGCUGACAACCGAAGAAGUUUCAACUUAUUCGACACCACAGGGCGACCUAAAUCCUUCUAACAUCCAGAAUUCAUGCGAUUCAGAUAGAUAUCAUCAAAGCAGAGCUUCAACUAUGCCAUGUGCAUCAGUCAUAAUUGAGCAUCGAGAGCCCACCGCUGCUUCAAACAAAACUUCUAGAGGUACAUCACUGCUGCCACUCCCCGAUCAUAAAGAGACGUCCUGCUGCAUAUCUCCAUCCGUCGACUCAGACAGUCUUGGUCGAAUCUGCUAUCCACCUCUUCAGACGGGUGACAUAUGCGAAUACCUAGAAGAAGAGAAAGAUUUUCGGCUGCACGAACACUUGCUCAGUUCAUUCAGUUCACCUGAUUCUCCUGCCCUGCCUAACCUUCUGCAAGGGAUUUCAUUGAACUUGAAGAGCCCCCGGUUCAUCUUGGGAAAUGCCGCGAAGAGUUUCAAGAAUAUCCCUUCCAUUCUGGCAAAACGCCGCAGGUAG